AUGGGCUAUGAUGUGAGCUAUGAUGUGGUCUAUGAUGUGGGCUAUGAUGUGAGCUAUGAUGUGGGCUAUGAUGUGAGCUAUGAUGUGGGCUAUGAUGUGAGCUAUGAUGUGGGCUAUGAUAUGGGCUAUGAUGUGGGCUAUGAUGUGGGCUAUGAUGUGAGCUAUGAUGUGGGCUAUGAUAUAGGCUAUAAUGUGGGCUAUGCUAUAGGCUAUAAUGUGUGCUAUGAUAUGGGCUAUGGUGUGGGCUAUGAUGUGGGCUAUGAUGUGGGCUAUGAUGUGGGCUAUGAUGUGGGCUAUGAUGUGGGCUAUGAUAUGGGCUAUGAUGUGGGCUAUGAUGUGGGCUAUGAUAUGGGCUGUGAUGUGGGCUAUGAUAUGAGCUAUGGUAUAGGCUAUGAUGUGGGCUAUGAUGUGGGCUAUGAUGUGGGCUAUGAUGUGGGCUAUGAUAUGGGCUAUGAUGUGGGCUAUGAUGUGGGCUAUGAUGUGGGCUAUGAUAUAGGCUAUAAUGUGUGCUAUGAUAUGGGCUAUGAUGUGAGCUAUGAUGUGGGCUAUGAUGUGGACUAUGAUGUGACCCCAUUAUUUUUCUAA